AUGAAUCCUUUCGAAGAUGAGGAUAACCCGUUUAGGGAGAAUCAGCCUGCCUUACCCAAUGCUGCCUUUACAAGUGACAGAACUUCUCCCAAAAGAUACCACCAAUUACAAGACGAAGAGGAUGCGGACGACGAUUUCAUGGCUUUUCCACUGUCUACACAUCAGAGACAAUCUCCAAAUAUCUUUACCAGAAGUACUGCUAGAGUAAAUUCUAAAUUAAAAGGAAAUAACUUAGGCGAUACUCCAAACUUGCUGUUCGCUAACAAUUCUACCCCUAGAGCUCAAUUUACUACAAGGGAAUCUCCAAAGAGGCAGAAAAAGAGGGAAGUGCUAAUUGUUGAUCAUGAAGAUGAUGAAAAUUAUGGAUCCCCUACGAGGUCACAGUUCGGCGGGAGCUCUAUUGCCAGUGAAAGGUUUUUAGAACCACCGCAACCGAUUUUCUCAAGAGAAACAUUCGCUGAAGCCAACAACGCAGAAGACGAAAACUCAACAAUAACAGAUGAAAAGGAUAAUUAUGAUUAUAAUUCCUAUCAGAAAGCACAUGAACUCGAAGAGAGGUCAUUGUAUUCAGAGUCUACUGCUUAUAGUGGGUCGUCAUAUUUAUCACAACCAACACACGCAGAGAGUGACUAUUUUGGAGCAUCAAUUGAUGGCAAUAUCAUGAGUAAUAUCAACAAUGGCUAUGUUCCUAAAAGAGAGAAGACAUUAACCAAGAGAAAAGUUAGAUUGGUCGGUGGUAAGACAGGCAAUCUAGUGUUGGAAAAUCCAGUUCCUGAAGAACUUCGAAAGGUGCUAACACGAACUGAAUCGCCGUUUGGAGAAUUCACAAACAUGACUUAUACGGCUUGUACGUCUGAUCCUGAUAAUUUCAUCAGCGACGGAUUCAGUCUCAGGGCUGCCAAAUUCGAAAGAGAAACCGAGAUUGUCAUCUGUAUCACUAUGUACAACGAAGAUGAGCAUGCAUUUGCCAGAACCAUGCAUGGGGUUAUGAAAAAUGUUGCCCAUUUAUGUUCGAGGCAUAAGUCCAAACUAUGGGGCAAGGAAGCAUGGAAGAAAAUUCAAGUCAUUAUUGUAGCAGACGGAAGAAACAAAGUUAACGAAUCUGUUCUCCAAUUAUUGACAGCCACAGGAUGUUAUCAAGACAAUUUGGCUAGACCAUUUGUAAACAACAAGAAGGUAAAUGCACAUUUAUUUGAAUAUACCACACAAAUAUCAAUCGAUGAAAACUUGAAAUUCAAGGGAGAUGAAAAGAACUUGGCACCAGUUCAAGUAUUAUUCUGCCUUAAAGAACAGAAUCAGAAGAAAAUUAAUUCUCAUAGAUGGUUGUUCAAUGCCUUCUGUCCAAUUUUGGAUCCAAACGUUGUGGUUUUGCUUGAUGUGGGAACUAAACCAGAUAACCACGCUAUCUAUAAUCUAUGGAAAGCUUUUGAUAGGGAUUCCAACGUUGCUGGCGCUGCUGGUGAAAUCAAAGCAAUGAAAGGAAAGGGGUGGAUCAACUUGACGAAUCCAUUAGUAGCUUCUCAAAAUUUUGAGUACAAAAUGUCCAACAUAUUGGAUAAACCUCUUGAAUCAUUGUUUGGUUACAUCUCUGUGUUACCUGGGGCAUUGUCUGCAUACAGAUAUAAAGCAUUGACAAACCAUGAAGACGGUACCGGUCCUUUGGCAGCAUAUUUCAAGGGAGAAGACCUUUUAAAUGACCAUCAUUCGGACAAGCAGAACAGUAAAACAAAUUUCUUUGAGGCAAAUAUGUAUCUUGCAGAAGACAGAAUUUUAUGUUGGGAGUUAGUCGCAAAAAGAAAGGAGAAUUGGGUUUUAAAAUUUGUCAAGCUGGCUACUGGUGAAACAGAUGUUCCCGAAAAUCUACCUGAAUUUAUAUCACAAAGAAGGCGUUGGAUCAAUGGUGCUUUCUUUGCAGCGCUUUAUGCAUUACGACACAGCAAUAGAAUUUGGGCGACCGAUCAUUCCUUCGCUCGAAAAUUUUGGUUCCAGAUUGAAUUCGCUUAUCAAUUCGUUACACUUGUCUUUUCAUUCUUUUCAUUGAGUAACUUCUAUUUGACGUUUUACUUCUUGACUGGUUCAUUAGUGUCAAACAAGAACUUUGGUCAUAAUGGUGGAUUCUGGAUUUUUACACUCUUCAACUAUUUGUGUAUUUGUAUUUUGACUUCGUUGUUUAUUGUAUCGAUAGGAAACAGACCACAAGCUUCCAAGAAUAUUUUCAAAACUUUGAUUAUCCUUUUGACCAUUUGUGCCUUAUACGCAUUGAUAGUCGGGUUUUAUUUUGUUUUCAACACGAUCACAGAAUUUGGAAUGGGAGAUUCGUCCACCUAUGUCCUUGUGAGCAUUGUUGUUUCUUUGUUAGCAACGUAUGGCCUAUAUUUCUUGAUGUCUUUCCUAUACAUGGAUCCUUGGCACAUGUUUACAUGUUCUAUCCAAUACUUCUUGAUGAUACCUUCAUACACCUGCACAUUGCAGAUAUUUGCUUUCUGUAACACCCAUGAUGUUUCCUGGGGUACAAAAGGUGACAAUAACCCCAAGAUUGACAAGAGUAACCAAUACAUUAUUGAGAAAAAUGACAAAGGAGAAUUUGAAGCUGUCGUAGUUGAUGUGAAUAUAGACGAAGUUUACUUGGAGACUUUGUACAACAUCAGAGCUAAAAGAUCAAAUAGAAAGGUUGCUCAUGUACAUAAGGAAAAGGCUCCUAUGGAAGGAGAAGACUAUGCAAAGGAUGUUCGUACCAGGGUUGUUUUAAUUUGGAUGAUAGCAAACCUAGUAUUCAUCAUGACAAUGCUUCAAGUUUAUUCUCCUGGCGAGACUACAAAGAAUAUUUACCUUGCCUUCAUCUUAUGGACUGUCGCUCUAUUGUCACUUUUCAGAGCAAUUGGCUCCUUGGGAUACCUUUUACAAAACCUUGCAAGAUUUGUCGUUGAGAGCAGAAGCAAAUGGUUACACAGGAGAGAAGGUUAUGCUGUACCCUCUCAUAAUCCUUUGAAUUGA